AUGCAUAUCAAGGAGCACGACGUAUUUCGCUUUGCUGAAGAGCUAAGCAGCAUUGACUGGAGUCACCACAACCUAGUGUUCCUAGACGAAGUUUCUUUUGAUAAUCGCGGUAUGAUUCGAAGGCGUGGCUACUCUAUUAAGGGAAGGAAACUGGCGACUUCCAGCGGAAGCCAAGAGUGUCAGAUUUGUGUUGCCAAGAUUUUGCGUAUUCUAAGUGAGGCAGCGUUCGUCUAUAUCCUGGAUCACGUUCCGUUUGGAUUCUAG